UGACUGAACCCGCCUCCUUCCUCUCUCUCCCCGGCUGCCUCCUCCUCUUCCCUCUAGUCUGUCAUCCGCACCGCUGUUUUAGCAGCCAUUUUACCGUGGAGCGUCGACACAGCGGCCACCGGAGGAUGCCGAGACGGUGCCGUUAAAAGGUUCACAAACAUGGCUGCCUCCCCUCAAGGUCGCAUGAUCCGUCGGCCAUUGGAAUUCGCCACUGAGGAGCGGAAGGCUGUUCACUCCUGGUCCCGCAUCUCCUCAGCAGGGCAAAAUGUCCUUCUGGAUGCUUUGAAGAUUCUGAGCCCCAUGUCACAAGACCUUUCGUGCACUGAGGAGCUUGUGACUUUCCUGCAGGAGCUAAGCGAGGAAGGCCACAAGCCCACCAUUCUGCGCAGCAAGGACGUGUACUGCUACCGCUCCUGCACAAGCCUACCUAUGACCGAAGAAAUGCUCAAGUUGGUCAACAAAAAUGUCAGACCCACUACCAAGAAGAGGAAGAGGAAGCCUCAGGUCAAGAAGCGGGAGGUGCACCCAUCCUGGAACACCACUGAAAGGAGCAACCCAAGGAUUCAAGGGAUUCGGCCUCCAGAGAUGCUGGUGGACCAUCACGCCAUCGUCUGCAGCAGGACACCAAUUCGAACUGCAGAAAUGUUAGAGGCGGACAUGCAGCCAUGCCUCAGGCUGACCAGCAUCCAAGGUCUGUCUGGCUUCCACACGGCCAGACUCCAGAUCCAAACUGUCUGGGAGUCUGAGACACCCACCGCUACCUUUUCACCACAGCAGCGCCCUCCAACACUAUCAGGAAUACCGUCUCAGCCUUCUCAGAACGGUGGCGGGGCGCCCACCAAAGCCGUGGCCUUGUUCAGCCAGAAGAGUCUGUCCUGCCCGAUCCGACUGGAUGGUGCCCUCAUUGGAGAUUCUGCUCCGGUCUUCUAUGCCAACGGUCGGGCGUUCUCACAGACUCGCACAGAAUUGACCAGCAAUGGCUGGAGGGGCAACGGCCUCCACCAAGAUGUUCCAGGACCCAAGGGAUUGACUGGUUCUACUACGAGGCAGAGAAAUGGCUAUAGUGACAAGAAAAAUUUAAGACGAAAAGUGAUAAAAGUGGAUGACUCUCGGUCUGUGGCUGAAGCCUGCAGGAAAGCGCAGAAGAUCCUGCAGGUCAACCUUUCUCCAGUGAUUCAGAUCCAACCUCUCAACCAUGUGCUGAGAGACUUCAGAUUUCAGAAGAAGUGAAAGCCCCAACAAAACUCACUUUCUCCCUUAGCUGAUUUUAGUGUUUUCCAUUUGUCGGCCUCCACCAGGCCGGUCCGUGUUCAUAGAUGUCUUACAUGGGGUUCUGCUGGGUUUCUGGAACUGGUGGAUCCUGACAGAAGUAUUUGACGUACAGCGUGCUUGGAGAAGCACCAUCCAUCAUCCCUAUGCUGGUACGUGUUCACUGUGUUUGGUCGAUGCUACACCACAAUCUAACCACAGUCUGUAACCUGCAGUCAUCCGGCUGCUCAUCUGGACACAAGGUCAGCAGAGAAAGGUCAACUUCUUGCCCUUUAAGAAGGUGUUGAGUACAGAGCUCUGUUGUGAAAAUAUUUAAACCCAAUUAAACUGAAGCGCAUUUUCUUAGAAAUGUAAGUAUUUUUUACUUGUUCUUGCCGCUCCGCUCUUUUCCCUUGAAAGAAGGAAAAAUGAAGCUCUUGUUUGGACGAAAUUAUCUCCGUUUUUUAAAUGACUGGGGAAAAAUAUUUAGUUUCUUUCUUUUUCUAAUUAGCUUUUUAUCUCUGGGAGGACGAAGAGUAAAGGUUGGGGUCCAUCGUAACAUCAGUUAGAUAUUAAGUUCUUCACAAAGUGUUCUUUUGGUUGGUGCAUCAACUGACUGAGAAAUGCAUUGUUUAUUAUAUAUUACUGCAGGGAAUAUUUGAUGUCUCUUAUUACUGAACGUAAAAAACUGGAAACGACCCCAAAUACGCAAUUCUGGCCUUCAGAGGUUUCCAGGUUUGUGAUUAAAGAGAAUUUGAGAUUUAUUAGGACGCUGUUUCCUGAUAAUCGUCCCUGGUUUAUCUGUUUCAGUUUAUGAUUCAGACGGUUCUCUUUUGUUUAGAUGUUUACAGUUUAUUCAGAGUAAUCAAACUCAGCUGAUUGGCUGAUAGUAACACUUCCUGCGGUUACUCUCUUCCCUCCAGACGUGUCUAAUUUUGGCUCGUUUCAAAUGACUCCAGGGUAUCGUAGAACAUUAAGUCAUUUUGCCCCGGGGUAAAUAAUCCAAUUUAAUCAUUAUAAUUGAUCAUAAACCUAAAGCGUUUUAUUGUCGGCUUGUCCUGCAAAUUUGACACGUUCUUGGAGGAUUAAGAUCAUUUUAGCGUCUCCUAAAAAUAAAUUUAUUUGAGUCCACACUGGUUCGUGCAUCAGGUGCUAACUUUUCAUGCUGGUGCUGGCCCAAGACUGUCCAGGUUCCUUUACUUUCUAGUUUAGAGCGGUGCAUUCAGGAGCAGUGGGUUCUCGUUAGGCAUUCAGAGCACUGCUGCCCCCUGCAGGUUGGGAUGAGGUGUUUAUGCAGUGAGGAACCAGCUGAGUCCAUUUUCAUGUCAUCUGUGACAACUGUUUUCUUUUCAACAAAACCAAAUUCCACCAGACAGAAAACAACUUUUUACUCGGUGCUUAUUGUCAGAAGAAAAGUUUCGGAUAAAAAGUUUCAAUCUAAAAUCUUCUCAGCGGCUUUUCCGAAGCUUUUACGUGUUUAGUUCAUCAAACAGUUUGAAAGGUUCAGUAAAAAACAGAAACCCAGAACUUCCAGAUCUCAUUCAGUGAAACAACCAGCAGACCAUCGUGUAGGAAAAGGAAAAAGGACAAAUCUUAAUGAAACCGGAUCAUGAUUGGUUUGAUCUCCAGGUCUAUUACAGAACAACUGGUAAAAAAUACUAAUUUGGUCAAAAAAUAAAAGAUGAGAGGUCCUUUCAGUAAAGACAUCCGCUGCCCUGUUUUAACGGAGACUGCAUUAGUGUUGGGUGAUCACCUUUACAGGUCUCCAUCUGUUCUGGUGAAGUGUGUGCCCCCCUACCCCCCUGCGUUCUGGAUGCAGUCAUGUUCAUGCCCUUUUCUAGACUGUUUCUGUUAGUCUUGUUUGUGCAACAUUUGUAUUAUAAUGUAUUUCCUACAUGAUCUUUGAAAACUUUUUGUUCAAUAAAAAUGAUUUGAAAACAA